AUGAGGAGGGCUUCUUCUCAAUCCCUAAUAAAACGUUUUCAAGAAUCUGAUCAGGAAGAACAAGCCAGGAACAAAAGCAAAAAAUUCGAACUCAAAGAUGGGUACAAGACCCAACAACGAAUUGGUGAUAGAAUUGACGACAUUACCCAGCAAGUCACUUGCAUGACAAUCUACAAACGAAAAGGCAAAAGACCAUGUGAAGAGUUUUCUUGGGAGAAAUAUGGGUUACGCAGGCAAGGGAUGAGGACUAGAGAAGCAAGGCUAGAAAAACAGCUCAAAGCAAGAUGGUCCAUCGAACAGUUGAUUGAUGAACAACUGAGUCAUUUCCGGGCCAUUUACAACAGGGUCCCGACUACGAUGAAGGAUGUGACUCAACUUCUCAUGCCCAAGGAGGCCUCGGCCCACGAACUAGUUGCAACAUCCUGGCUUGGUGAUUGGCGGCCUACGAUGAUUCUAGAGCUAUCCCGCUUGUUAAUACAAUCCUCGUCGGACUCUGCUGGACUUGAACAGGUCUUAUUGCAGCUGAUCAACGAUGUGCGUAUUGAGGAGGCAGUAAUAGAUGAAGAAAUGGCUGAAAUUCAAGCAACAUGUGUGUUAGACCUCCCUUUCAGUCCAGUGAGGGUUGAGGGCAGUGGCCCUGCCUUGGCUUGUAUGCAGUCGGAAUUCAAGAAAAUCCACCGGGUUGUCACUAAGGCCCAAAAUCUCAGGUUGAAGGCUCUGGAAUUGGUUGUAAAUAAGGUAUUGAGCAAGGCUGAUGCUGCAGAAUUCCUAGUCACAUUUACAAGAUUUCAAGAUGCGAUUCAUCACUUUGCUGUUCAAUAUAAAUUGCGAAAGGGUGCAGUUUCUGUACCUGUCAAGGUGCUCAAAGUAUACCCAUAUCCUGUAACCGUCCCUUUAGCCCAACUUGCUGUUGGGACUGUGCUUGUUAUUCUCAUGUGGACGACCAAUCUUUAUAAAAGGCCAAACAUUAGUGCCGCACAGUGGUGCACACCUUAG